GCACACAGACAGGAAGCAGACUGGGCUGAAGCCAUAUCAGCAUCAUGACCCCACAGGACAUCACCUUCCUGUGUCUCGUGGUCUGCCUGGGUCAGACAAUUUGGGCACAAGAAGAAUUUCCCAUUCCUACCUUAUCCACAGCAGCUGAUCCUAUGGUCCCCUGGAAUGGGUCUGUGAGGGUCCUGUGCCGGGGAACACCUGAGGCCUACUUGUAUCAGUUGUCCCUGAUGAAAAACUCCACAUACACGGUUAUAGAGAAGAAAUUAGGAUUUCAGAAAGAGGCUGAAUUCAUUAUCAACCACAUGAACACAACACUGGCAGGAUGUUAUCAAUGUCGGUACAUGAAGAAGAACCACUGGUCAGAGCAGAGUAAACCUCUGGGCCUGGUGGUGACAGGCUUGUACAACAAACCUAUCCUCUCCACAAAUCAAAGCCAUAUGUUGAUACCAGGAGAGAUCAUUUCCUUCAAGUGUAGUUCAGCACAAAACCUGUUCAACAGAUUCUCACUGGCCAAGGAGGGAGAAGCUUCAACACCAUGGCACCAACAUAAGAAAUAUCAAGGCAACUUCAAACUUGGUCCUGUGAACCUUAACUUCACUGGGAACUACAGGUGCUAUGGCUGGCACAACAGCAGCCCCUAUGUGUGGUCAGCCCCCAGUGACGCACUGGAGCUCAUUGUCACAGACCCCAAGAAACAAGAUUACAUGAUGGAGAAUUCAAUCCGGAUGGCUACGGCAGGGCUGGUCCUGGUGAUACUCUUAGUGAUAUUAGCGGAAAAUUGGCACAGCCACAGGAUAUCACACAAGGAAUGCUGUCAGGAAUUGGCUGCAGAGAGAUGGAGCAAACAGGGUGUUGUACCUAGUGACUGUGGAUAAAUACUGGGAGCUACAGGUGGGAAGACAUCUUGCAAAGCAGACAGAGCCAUUAAAGCUUGGGUCCAUCUGCAGGUUAUAGGGUUUGCAUGUAAAGGAUCCACCACAAGCUCAUGUAUUUGUAUACUCACACCAGCAGGGAGUGCUGCUUGGGGAGGUGUGUAGAACCUUCAAGGUGUUGUAUAUACAUAUAGAGAGAGAGACCAGGGGAGGCUGCUCUUUCAAGGUUAUACUCCCUUCAGGUUCCCAUCUAGCUGUCUGCUGUCAUACAGUCCUGUGGUGCUGCUCCUAUUGGCAUGCCUUUCUGUAAUUCUCCCUCUGAAAACAUGGGCCAGAAUCAGCCUUGCCUUUCCUUCUGUCAGAUUACAAAACAUUGACCAGCACACAGAACCCUCACAUGCUGUGGUUCUGGGUGGGUCUGGUGCUAUUUCUUAUCUACUAAUUAGUAUGCUGGAUAGUUUCUUAUACAUUUUCCCUUUGUUUGUGAGCUUCCAAUAUAAUUACAUCAUUUCCCUCUUUUCGUGUAUAAUUUUUUGUCAAGUUGAAACAAGAUACAGUCAUCCAGGAAUAUCUCAAUCAGAUUGCCGUAUAGGCAAAUCUGUAGGGACUUUUUUGAUUACUGACUGAUAUGGGGGAUCCCAGCUCACCUUGUCGGGUGUUUCUGGGUUUUAUGAAAAGCAAACUGAGCAAUUCAUAAAGAACAAGCCAGUAAGCAGCAUUCUUUCAUGGAUUCUGCUUCAGUUCCUGCCUGCAUGUUCCUGCCUUCAGUUCCUACUUUAGCCUCUCCUGCUAAUGGACUGUAACCUGUAAACCAAAUAAACCUUUUCUUGUGCAA